AUGUCAGCUAUGAAUUUCAGGGAUAAAUGGAUGUCUUGGCUUAAGGGUGGUGUGCUUAAUAACUUCAUUUUUAUUUUAGUCAACGGUAGUGCGCCUAAAGAGUUUAAGGCCACUAGGAGUCUUCUACAGGGGGAUCCAUUAUCUCCAUUUAUUUUCUCCGUAGUAGCGGAAGGACCUGUGUUGUUGGUUAGAAGACUGGCAAGAAAAAAGAUUUUCAGUGGCUUUCAUUUAUAUGGUGAUGAAGCGAUUAGCCUUGUGCAAUUCGCAGAUGAAUCAGUAUUAAUUUGUGAUGAUUCAUGGAAGAAUCUAUGA